UCGUGCCGAGUUAUGGGUCAUUUUGCGGUAACUGUGCAAGGCAAUUACAUAACUCUACCAGAGCCUAAAUGUGAAGGACUACCACAACAUUUAGGGUGUGUGCGGAAACUGAAAUUUAAUUUAUGAUAAUUCAGUUAACACAAACCUGACCAAGCAACGAUUAUCAUCAUUAAAGUAUUUUUCAUUUUUUUUUUUAAAUUUUACAGCUUGAAUCUAAAAUCAGUGUCACAUACAACGCUUUUCCUCUACAAAUUGUUCCCUCUUAAGUUAAUAUGUAAGGUUUUUAAGGGUGUUUGAUUAAUUUUGGCACCUGUUAAGCGAACAGAUUUGUAAUCCUUCCAAUGACGGCCGCUUGAGUUUAGUUUUCAAAUCCUGUCUUUGUUUUAAUUAGUAUGACGUAUUCUAUAUUGACGAGAGAAGACAAAAAAAAACAUGUUUAUUAAUUUUCAUUCUGAAAGUUCUCUUUUUUCAUCGUUUUUUAAUAAAGUAACCUCUGUUAAAAAUUCUUUCAAUUUUCCUGAUCACAAUUUAGACCACAUCUAAUUUUCACGUAUGUGCUAUCAAGUUUCAAAACGAAAAGAAAAGUUUUUGUUGUAAAAUACUAACUCGUGAAUUAAACCCCGAGAGAUUUGCGGCCGAUAUGUUAAUCAUCUGUCCUAAUACCUAGUAUUUGAGUGGAAUGAAACACCUCAUUCAUGCAAACAAAUGGUUUUCAUCUUGUUGCACUAAUCGACGCUUUCCUACCAGCAAAAGGAGUUUUAAAAGUUUCUCGGACAUCAGAACAGAGAGGGUGAGUUUCACUACCAACUAGAGACUUAUAAAGCCUAAGACUGUUAGGACAGCGGGAGCACUCCGUGCGAAUUAUCUCUCUCUCGAUUUCAAAACUUGAAGGAAGGGCUAAGUCUCAAAGGCAAGACUUGGUUUGACUACUUAGUUUCACUUAAAUCAUAACAAAGGAAAGAAAUUGAUAAUUAAAGCUUACUACCAAAGACGCCUUUUUUCUGCGCGUAGUUCAUAUCUGUAAACUCUCACGACGAUUGGACGAAUUCGGUUGCGAUUCCGUUCUACAAAAAUCAACAGAAAACAAAAAGCCGUAAAGUUACAAAAAAAAAAAAAAAAAAGAGUCCUCGACUUCACCUUUGAACUUAAAUGUCACGCACAUCGUUCGAGCGACAAAAUUGUCGCGAAUAUUUCUUUAUAACUGCGGAGAAGUUUGAAUUUUGUAAAUACGAUUAACCUCUUCGACGAAAGCCGUGAUACAUUAGCAUACGUCACCGUUCGCCCAGUUUUAAUUAGGAUUGCACUGUAUUGUACAGGGUUACCACAACAGACAUGAAGGUGUUAAUUACUCGCACAAAAUAAAACAAUCCGUACAGUUUCUUCCAAGCAGGUUUUUUUCUGAAAUGGUUUACAACAAUACGAUUUAUGAAAAACAAUUCUGCAACCGAGCACCAGGCUAGGAAACGAAGACAGCAUUCGUAAAAAAAUAAUAACCUUGGAAAAAAAAGCGCCGGGAGAAAAUAGAUGGAGUAAUCUGUUUUUAUUUUUGGAAAUUUUCUUCAGUUGUUCUACUCUAUGGUCGGAAUCAGCAUUUUCAGAUUAGCUCACACGCAGUUCUUUAUCAAUUGGAUCCGAUUUUACCUACGUGAAGUACACGAUAUCAAACUGUUCGAAGGAGUGAGUCUUCUGCUUUGAAAAACAGGUCGGUUUGGUAUCUAAUGGCUAAACUAACAUCCAUGAUUCUCUUCACAGGAAUGAGGAGACUCAAUUCUUCAUUCACUUUGAACUAUUCAACGACACGGUCGAAUUUAUCCGAUUGGAUCCCAAAUGAGCAGAACAUCUCAUCAGGGAUCAUUAUUCAGUCUGUGUUCCUAGCCCUGGUGAUAAUUGUCGGUGUGGUCGCUAACUCCCUGGUUUGUCUUGUGAUUUACAAGCGAAGAAAUCUUCACACGGUCCUCUACAGUUUCCUGGUGAGCCUCUCCGUGUCUGAUCUUCUUCACUCCGCUCUCAAGAUGCCUACAACCAUGCUAUCCACUCUACACAUCCGCUGGUAUCCUCAUCCGUCAUUCUGCUACAUCACCACUCCCUUUGGCGUCCUUUUUGGUGCCGCCACGGUCUUCAACUUGUGCGCAGUCGCUCUAAACCAGUACUUUAUCAUCUUAAAACCACUUCUCUACCCCAUGGUCAUGACAGCCAGGCAUGCGCGUUACGUCAUCGCCGGCCUUUGGGCGGGAAGCAUAGUGAUCUCUCUUCCGCCGAUAUUCUGGCGCUCAGCUGACACCAUUUGCAAAAGCGGAGCAGUCUCCAACGACAACUAUCUUUCUGAAGUGCUUUAUUUAUCGGCCUUGUGGACAUUUGUGGUCAUUAUUCCAACCGUCGUCAUGGGUAUAAGCUACACCAAGAUUUUUUUAGAGGCGCGUCGCCAAAUUUUCAAAAUGAGAGAAGGUACUCAACUAAACGGCGAGUUACGUGCGUCCCACACGCGCAGAAAGGAAUUUCGCGCUGCAGCGCUGCUUGCUUUAGUCGGUGGCAUUUUCAUAUUGUGCUGGCUACCGUUUUUCGUUGUUCAAACUUUACACAAAUUCUCCGCUGCAAACAUUGCACCAUUUUAUUUUCGUCUAUUCCUUUGCGUCAUGUACUCAAAGUCGGCAAUCAAUCCGUUGUUGUACACUGCUCUGAACAAAGAACUAAGGAAAGCGUUAAUUCAGUAUUUGGGUCUUCAAAAGAAAAUCUCUCAUGACAGUAAAGCUCGGGUACUGAAUACUCGAAUGAGCAAUCUCAAGAAUGGGUUAAAUCAACACGAAAGCCUUUUGUAAAUAGGUGGCGAUGUCAAUAGCACAAUAAUUUUAAUCUUACAAUAAGCAUAUUUAGUAUUUGUUUCAAGGCAGCGUUCUCUGGGAAGAAAACACGUAAAAUUUGGUGAACUUGAAAGAAGAAAUGUUAAAGCCUUAAAUUCCCAAGAUCUGGUACUUAAUUCUCCUCUCUAGCUGCUACGAAAUUCCUUAUAGAAUAGUUACAAGAAUUUGGUGUUAGAUCAAGUUAAACACUUCUGCUUGAUGAGUUUGAGUAUUCUCACUACCUGUUUUCUGGAUAAUGUAUGGAUGUUAUAGGAAGAAGUUACAUGUUCAUAACUUCCGCGAAUUAAAGGGUUAAACACCCCGCGAGUAAAAAGUUGAUA